AAGUGGCGGCGGGCUCGGGCGGAAGCAGGAAGCGGCGGAGCAGGACCACGCGCGGGGCGGUGUUUGUUGUGGGGCCAUGGCGGAGAAGUUCGACCACCUCGAGGAGCACCUGGAGAAGUUCGUGGAGAACAUCCGGCAGCUCGGCAUCAUCGUCAGCGACUUCCAGCCCAGCAGCCAGGCCGGGCUCAACCAGAAGCUGAAUUUUAUCGUUACUGGCUUACAGGAUAUUGAUAAGUGCAGGCAGCAGCUUCAUGACAUUACUGUGCCUUUAGAAGUUUUUGAAUACAUAGAUCAAGGCCGAAACCCCCAACUCUACACCAAAGAGUGCCUGGAGAGGGCCCUGGCCAGGAAUGAACAGGUGAAAGGCAAGAUCGACACCAUGAAGGGGGCUCUGAGACGGCUUACAGACACGAACUCGGUUCUGCCCAGCCCUGGGCCACGCGGGGAGCUGGAAGAAAGGAGUUCCAGACUGACUGAGAAGGAGCUGGAAGAGGCUGGCACCGACGACCCGACGGCACCCUCCACCGUGCAAGAGCUGAAACUCAGGUCCUCAUUGAACCGGAGCAGCAUCCGUGGCCACGUUACACUCUCUUUACCCCAAAAGAGCGAUUUUGUUCUCGUCCUUCUCCACGUCUUCCCCUGCAAGGAAGCCUCUGUUCCAUCUGGAUCCGAGGGUCACCUAAUCUCCUCCGGUACUGACCUUCCCACGAGUGUCUGAAGCUCCUUUAGAUAACCAGGGAUUCAAAAGAGAACAAACUAUUUCAAGAUGGACUUACCAAGACCCGAUGAGGGGCUGUCAUUGCACAUUCAUUCUAAAUGCCUUGCCCCCUGUGCCUCGGGAGGGAAUUCAUCGCCCGUGGCGGCACGGCUGAGCCCUAUUCCCGCGCGAUCCGUUACCCUCCCGACCUGCCAGGGCGUCGUCUGUGUUGUUUUCUUCCAAUGCCAGUGCCUCCUUCCAUGCCAAGGCCGAUCGUUUCCCUCCGGCUAGUUUGCCACAUCUUCCUCCGCAUGAGAUCUUCUCUCCUUUGUAUCUGCCCAUUUGUGAAAUUUAGACUUCUCUGUUUUGUUACCAAAAGAGAACUGGCCCUUGUCAGUGUCGUUUAGGUGAGUUUGGGGGUAGCAGUUGCAAAUCGUCGGGUGCUGCCUGCCUUCCGUGUGGAGGCUCGCGGUCUGCUGGGGAGGGUGCUGCUGGCUCCCGGUGCCGCACUUAGACAUGGUUCCCAGGCUCACCCUGCGUGAAACUGACACAUUAAUGUCAUCGCCCAGCAUUAAUAUCUGAAAACACUGCAGGAUCAAAUGUGUUCUCUGCCCCCAUCCAAGUUUUUUUUUAAUUUUUUAAAUGUUAAUUUAGUUUUGAGAGAGAGAGAGAGAGCAUGAGCAGGGGAGGGGCAGAGAGAGAGGGAGACAGAGAAUCCGAAGCAGGCUCCAGGCUCCGAGCCGUCAGCACAGAGCCCGAUGCGGGGCUCGAACCCCCGGACCGUGAGAUCAUGACCUGAGCUGAAGUCAGACACUCAGCCGUCUGAGCCACCCAGGCAUCCCGUCCAUCCAAGUUGCUUUCUAUCUUAAGAUCGCAUACACGCGUUAUCACCUUGUGUUUGUGCAACAACGCGCCCAUCAUUUCUCCCAGAGACCUGUACCCAUCUUGCUCAUUAUGGAGGCUCACGCCUCUGCACACGGGCAUCUCGGGGGCCGCUGUUUUGUACUUGACCCUUUCAGGCUGCCACCACGUGAAUGCGGAGCCAGCAUGGCUGUGCCCCUCGCCUCCCCGGCAAAGGCGACCGUUCACGCUCUUGUCCGCGUUUGCUUCAUUAGCCUCGCGUGUCCCUCUGCUUCAGAGCUGUGUCCACCGGGAUCUGCACGUCCUGGGCUACAGCUUUGGACGCCGUGGGAAUGACUACCUCGUCCUCCUGGGAGGCGUGGGGGGCUUUCCUUACAGACAGAUGCCUGGUCACUCUUCCUCACUUCCCAGCUCUGCAUCUUUCUGCCCAGAGACCUAGAGACCCUGGUUAAUCGUGCUCCGGAAAAGCAGCUGUCAUUAUUAUAAAAUAGAAAAAAAAAAACAAAAAACAAAAAACAACUAAGAAAGGGAUCCUUAACAGUUGAGGGUGGUGGAGUGGGACGGGAGACCCGAGGGGCACUUUCCUGAUGUGUAACAUUGUGUCGGGACACGUCACAAAAAGAAACCAAACACCCACACGACUUUGCCUUUGCGGGCGGGGGAAGGAGGAAGGAGGUUGGACGUCACCCAUGACGGCCUGCAUGUUGCGGUGACUCCCUCUGCUUCACUUCGGAGAACCCCAAAUAGCUCUCUGUUACUCCCCAAACCUUCACAUGGUCGAGUUCUAACCCAGACGGUCUGUCCUCUGGGAAUCUGGGCUGCAGUCAGGAGCCAGCCUGGCUCUUGAGCUCCAGAGUCUCUCUGGGCGGGAGGACCUGCGGUCCCUCCGUGGGUCCCCCUUCCAUGAUCCCUCGAGGCAGUACUGGCCCUGCCUCUGCCAGCAUUCUCCGUUUCCCCACUGCACUGACGCGCUAGGUGACGGCUGUUAGGUCCCAGCCUUGUCUCUUCCCUGCCGGGCUCUCACUCACAGCCUCCCUGUGUUAGGAGAAAUGGGAUCCCUUUUUUAUUGGCACUGGCUGAUGUCACCGGUGACACAACAGUAUUUUAAGAGCAAGCCACAGGAAGCCAUUCGUUACUUUCCACGGCUCUGGUUGGAAGUUAGCAGGGUUACAUUUUAUCCUCUCUAUGUAGGUGCGGUCAUAAACAUUUGUUAUGUAAACUCAAAGCACUGAAACAUUUAUGAAUGUAACCAUGCUAACAAAUCCUCACAAAUAUCAUUGUCUACUCACUAUGCAUUUAAUAAUUCUUUUCUCUAUGGUAACGUUUUGGACCAGUCAGAAGAGGGAGAAUUUGAUGUUGGAAAAAUGACACUACGAAUAAGUCCCAUCGAUUUUUAUUAGUUUGGUCUGGCACGGUUGACCACAGCCAAGAUGUUUGAAAGGGCAUCGGCCUGAAAUGUGACAAAGGCGUAAUUCAAAACUAGGACAGGUCUUGACGAAUCGUGUGAGGAGAGGGGAGCAGAAGCACGGAUGGCUCAAAACAAUGAAUAAUAAAAAUGCUUUUAUGCUUCGAAUUGAAA